AUAAACAAAACCCUAUUAAUAUUAUCAUUCAUUCACCUUCAGACCAAAUCCUCUCAAUCUUCACCUAAUCUUGUCUUGCUUCCAUCGAUUUACACAACAAUUAACUCGAUCUAGGGUUUCUUUCUGUUCAAUUUCACACCAUUCAAUGGAUCUUCCACAAGAAACCGAUGAUUUCAUCCGUGAAUCGAUCGAUUAUUCGCUCGGUCUUCCGGUAUCCACAAGUACUCUCGAGUUAAAGCUUCGAUCUUCUGAAGAAACAGAGCGGCAACUUCGCGAUCAGUACUUGUAUUUGAAGUCCAAAUUGAAUGAGAAAGAUGACGUCAUCGAGCGUGUUAGGGCUGAAUCAGCCUUGAAUGCACAAGCCGUAAAGAAGUUUGUGGAAGAAAAUCAGAAGUUAGCAAUGGAAUGUGCUAAUCUGUUAAAUCAGUGCAAUAAAUGGGAGAAAGAGUGUUCGCUAUACGACCACGAUCGAGAAGCUUUAAUGGACUUCGGAAAUGAAGCCGAUAACAGAGCUAAGGAGGCAGAAACGCGUGUCCGUGAUUUAGAACAAGAAUUAACUAAAUUGUCAAAAGAACUAAUGUUCUAUAAGCAUCAAUCCAAGGGUCAACAGGUUGGUGAGAUUACAAAAACUGCAUCUACCGAAAAUCUUCUUGUUGAUACAUUAUUAUCAACUUUGAUCAACAAAGAUGACGUGGAAUCAACGGCACGUUCUUUCUUGGAAGCAAAUAGUGGGGUCGAAGUGUGCCAAAAGAUGUUGGAAAUUUGGGAAAGUUUGAAGCCAUCAACUCAAAAGGUCUUGGCGUUAGUUUCCACAUUGAAGAUACUGCAGAAAGAAAAGGAUCAUUUACGGAAUAAUCUCACUACUGCCGAAGAAGAGGUCAAAGUCUUGUUUGAAGAAAACAACAUAUUGGACAAGGAGAAUCGGAGAUUGAUGAAGUCACUCCAAAAAGAACGACAGCUAAGCAAUUCCGGAGGAAAGAAUAAUAGUGCAUCCUUGAAGAGUAAUAAACGGAAGUCUAGUCCUAGAGAUUGCAGUCCAAUUGAGAACAAACUUGACUUCAUUGAAUCUUGUUCACCAAGAAAAGCAUUGUCUCCUUUGCGACACAACACCCCCGAAUCGCGAUCGCACAAAAAGUAACCUUUGGAAGAUUCUAUGGAUUUUUACUAAUCUUUCGCCAAGAUUUUAAUUCUGGUAACGUUAGGAUGGUUUGGAAGCGAUAAGGUUUUCUAACCGUCGUCCUAACUUCAAAGCGUAGUUUCUGUCCGGAAACUAUCAUUGGUUGUUUUAAAUGAACAGUUGUGUUGAUUUGUAUCUAGAUUUACAUUUUUUAGCAUCUUAUCUAUUUGGCAUUUAUACAUGGUUA